GUGGCCAUCAAAAUAGUGGACAAGACGCAGCUGGACGAUGAGAACCUGAAGAAGAUCUUCAGGGAGGUGCAGAUCAUGAAGAUGCUGAGGCACCCCCACAUCAUUCGUCUCUACCAGGUCAGUAGAUCCACAGCUCCGGAGUGGAGUUUGCCCUAAGUACAGAUCUAGUAUCAGCUUCCCCUCCCCCAACCUUAACCAUUUGUAUGGAGAAUGCAAAUCUGACCCAAGAUCAGUGUCUAAGGGCAACUUCACCCUACACCGGAUCCACACCGCUGAUGCAGUGUGUUUAGUAAUGCUGACUGCAGCGGUUAUAUUGUCAAUGCAAAUGUCUGUCUGUCUGCCGUAAGGUGAUGGAGACCGAGAGGAUGAUCUACCUAGUAACAGAGUAUGCCAGUGGCGGGGAGAUUUUCGGUAAGUUUCUGUCUGACUUUUGUAGUGAGCUAUUGUCUUUUUGUAUGCUCACACAGUAACAUUUGACCUCUCCACACAGUAACAUUUGACCUCUCCACCUGCACCCAAUUGUAUGGCUUUGCUACCUAUGUCAAUGGCUCUGACUAGUGACUAUCUGUUUGUCUGUGAUCAUGGGUUUGACUUCGUCAUUGUUUCAAUGUUGAGUUGUGAUGUGGAGCUCGAGAAAUGCGAAGCAAACUUCCUGUAAAAGGCAAAUGAACUGAAUUUGAACUUUGACCUCUCACCUGUGUAUGUUCAGACCACCUGGUGGCCCACGGCAGGAUGGCGGAGAAGGACGCGCGGCGGAAGUUCAAGCAGAUCGUGGCGGCCGUCCACUUCUGCCACUGCCGCAACAUCGUCCACCGAGACCUGAAAGCCGAAAACCUGCUCCUGGACCACAACCUCAACAUCAAGAUAGCAGGUAUAGUACAGAGUGUUUGUGUGAGUGUGUGUAGUUUUCCAACAGAUUUUUAGGAGUGACCAGGUUGAUUUCCCUGACUUCUCUUUUUUUUUUUUCUGUACUCCCCUCCUCCUCGGUCCAUGGUAGACUUUGGCUUCAGUAACCUGUUCUCCCGAGGCCAGCUGCUAAAGACCUGGUGUGGGAGUCCUCCCUAUGCUGCCCCAGAGCUCUUCGAAGGGAAGGAGUACGAUGGACCCAAAGUGGACAUCUGGGUCAGUGUCCUAGUUUUAGUAAUCCUAGUUCCUAUAAGAAACAACCACAGCUACUCCUCAUAGCCUAUACUGGACCAUGGCUACGUCCCAAUUCUCCACCCUUUUCCCAACGUGUGCAUUUGUCUUGCACACUUCCUGGCACACUUCCUGGCAUGGAUUUAACAACGGUGGACAUUCUCUCCAGCCAAUACUUACACCCCAAUCCAGUGCUUUCAAAUCAAUGACAGGGAGUGUGCAUGUGCCCACUUUUGGAAAAGGGUAGAGAUUCUCACCUAUGAGGGAUUACUUCUCCUCAUCCUCCUUUUCCCCUCUAUCUUUCGCUCUCCCUCCAUCUCUCUCUCUCUCUCUGUAGAGUUUGGGCGUGGUGCUGUAUGUUCUGGUGUGCGGUGCCUUGCCGUUUGACGGCAGCACCCUCCAGAACCUUAGGGCCCGGGUGCUGAGUGGGAAGUUCCGCAUCCCCUUCUUCAUGUCCACAGGUGAGACCCGAUGCCAGCACUAAUACCUUGCAAGUUGAAACAAUGGUGUCUUCUACGGUGUUUGACUGGCUGUUUAAGUGUAUAACUAUCACCAGUGUUGCUUCUGACGUUGCGUUCUGUCUGACAGACUGUGAGUACCUGAUCCGACACAUGCUGGUGCUGGAGCCCAGCAGACGCCUCUCCAUGGAGCAGAUCUGUAAGAACAAGUGGAUGAAGCAGGGAGACCCUGACCCAGAGUUUGAGAGGGUGAGUUCCCAAACUCUGGGUCCAUCGAGCUGCUUUUGGAUGAUCUGGCAAGACUGCUCUGACCCAUCGUCUUUGAUUUCAAUGGACUCAAUGAAGAAUGGACCCAACGUUUUAAUGGAUUUUCUCUCCCUGUCUCUUUCUCUCACUCUUUCUCUCACUGUCUCUCUUUCUCUCUCAGUUGAUUGUGGAAUGUGAGCAGGUGAAGUCUGAGAGGGAGACAGAGCUCAUUAACGAGCAGGUGCUGUUGGCCAUGUCUGAGAUGGGACUGGACCGCGAGCGCACGCUCCAGGUGGGACCAACACACACACUAGACAACAUUGUUGCAGUAGACAAACGCUGUUGUGCAUAUGAAAUGCCAUUGGCUUACAGUUGUCUUGGCUGACCGGCGCUCUCGUUUCACCCUGUCUCUCCAGUCUCUGCACACUGAUGCGUACGAUCACUACAGCGCCAUCUACAGCCUGCUCUCCGACCGCCUGAAGAAACACAAGACCCUGCGCGUGGCCCCGCCCACGCCCCGUCCCAUCGGCUACCCUCUCAAUGCUGUACAGGUAACCUUUGCCCCUCAGAUCUACAGAUUCUAAGGAAUCUGAUUGGUUACUAAGAUCAUAUGAAAGAGUAGGAUUGCCGAUAGGGUGGCAGAUAUGUGCGCCAAAGACCUCCGGCCAAUUAAUCUGGUUUAGGGCAAAUGUUUCGAAAUCGUGGCCCAAAGUCCAGAUCUAUGAAUUCAUCCGACUCUGGGUAAGUAGAAGGGAUGCCUUCAUUGCCAAAACCGCGUAAUGUGGUUGUUAUUAUCAGCUGUGUGUGCAGGCAACUGUCUUGUGAGCACUGAGCUGCAGCCAAACGGAGCAGUUGCUAUGGCUACUCACACGCAGAGCGGCCGGGGGACAGACAGAAGAGCAGCUAACGGAGGAAGUUAUUUCUUAUUUCUGCACGUAAAAAUGAGCAUGGGACUGGAGUGAUUUUUAUCCAGACAGGAAAGUUCAGAGGUUAUAGAACUGUUGCGGGAUCAGGACAGUAUAAGGAAAAAAUUUGACAAGACUGGAUAGGAAUUAAUUUUCACUCCCUUGUCAGAGCUCACGCUUGUUUAACCUAUGGAACAUUUUAGUGCCUUAGUAAUUUAGGGUAUUUGAGAGAUUAGUACUUUACACUCACUCCAAGAUUUUGAGGGUAUUUUUUGUGAUAUUUGCAGUUUAAAAUGCUUUAUUUUGCUGCGGCAAUUCUGACAUUUUGAAUGGCAAUAUGUGAUGAUUUUGUCCAAUUUGGUGCGAAAAUGCGCUGACGAGGGGAUACGUUUGUUGACGCUUGGCUUGAUUGAACCAUAUUAUGUGUUGAUUGGUUGAAAUUGCAAGCCCUCUUUUUGUACUGUGCCAAAAUAUUGCCAUGAUUUGACUGUUUUCUGUGGAAAUAGUGCAGUGCUAGGUCAAAUGUCCAAGCCCUCGCAUAAUAGGCCUCCUGUAGCUCAGUUGGUAGAGCAUGGCGCUUGCAACGCCAGGGUUGUGGGUUCGAUUCCCACGGGGGGCCAGUAUGAAAAAUGUAUGCACUCACUAACUGUAAGUCGCUCUGGAUAAGAGCGUCUGCUAAAUGACUAAAAUGUAAAAUGUAAAUAAUAUGCGGGCAAUUGCUGAAUUAAAAAAUAAAUGCAAUCAUGGAAUCCUGGAGGGACUGACUUUAGGACUUUAGUGGUCCUCUGUAGCUCAGUUGGUAGAGGAUGACGCAGUGGAUUCGAUUCCUGGGACCACCCGUAUGGAAAAUAUAUGCAAGCAUGCAAGUGCCUUCAGAAAGAAUUCACACCCCUUGACUUUUUCCACAUUUUGUUGUGUUACAACGUGGGAUUAAAAUGGAUUGAAUUCUCUUCAAAAUACUUGGUCAAAGUGGAAAGGAAAUUAUACAAUUCGUACAUAAAUAAAUAAUAAAACACUAAUCUAUCUUGAUUAGAUAAGUAUUCAACCCCCUGAGUCAAUACAUGUUACAAUCACCUUUGGCAGUGAUUUACAGCUGUGAGUCUUUCUGGGUAAGUCACUAAGAGCUUUCCACACCUGGAUAGUGCAACAUUUGCCCAUUAUUCUUUUAAAUAUUCUUCAAGAUCUGUCAAAUUGGUUGUUGAUCAUUGCUAGACAACCAUUUUCAGGUCUUGCGAUAGAUUUUCAAGCAGAUUUAAGUCAAAACUGUAACUCAGCCACUCAGGAACAUUCACUGUCUUCUUGGUAAGCAACUCCAGUGUAGAUUUGGCCUCGUGUUUUUAGGUUAUUGUCCUGCUGAAAGGGGAUUUCAUCUCCCAGUGUCUGGUGGAAAGCAGACUGAACCAGGUUGUCCUCUAGGAUUUUGCCUGUGCUUAGCUCCAUUCUGUUUCUUUUUUUAUCCUGAAACACUCCCCAGUCCUUAACGAUUACAAGCAUAUCCAUAACAUGAUGCAGCCACCACUAUGCUUCAAAAUAUGUUUGGGGCAAAUCCAAUACUUUGUAUUCAGGACAAUAAGUUAAUUGCUUGCCACAUUUUUUGCACUAUAACUUUAGUGCCUUGUUGCAAACAGGAUGCAUGUUUUGGAAAAUGUGUAUUCUGUACAGGCUUCCUUCUUUUCACUCUGUCAAUCAGGUUAGUAUUGUGGAGUAACUACAAUGUUGUUGAGCCAUCCUCAGUUUUCUCCUAUCACAGCCAUUAAACUCAGUAAUUGUUGUGGUCCUCUGUAGCUCAAUUGGUAGAGCAUGGCGCUUGUAACGCCAGGGUAGUGGGUUUGAUCCCCGGGACCACCCAUACGUAAAAAUGUAUGCACACUUGACUGUAAGUCGCUUUGGAUAAAAGCGUCUGCUAAAUAGCUUAUUAUUAUUAUUAUUAUUAUUAUUAUUAUUAUUAUUAUUAUUAUUAUUAUUAUUAUUAUUUUAAAGUCACCAUUGGCCUCAUGGUGAAAUCCCUGAGUGGUUUCCUUCCUCUCCAACAAGACAGUUGGGAAGGACGCCUCUGUCUUUGUAGUGACUGGGUGUAUUGAUACACCAUCCAAAGUGUAAUUAAUAACUUCACCAUGCACACAGUGAAAUCCAAUGUCUGCCAAUAGGUGCCCUUUGCGAAGCAUUGGAAAACCACCUUGGUCUUUGUGGUUGAAUCUGUGUUUGAAAUUCACUGCUCGACUGAGGGACCUUACAGAUAAUUGUAUAUGUGGGGUACAGAGAUGAGGUAGUCAUUCAGAAAUCAUGUUAAACACUAAACACAGAUUGAGUCCAUGCAACUUAUAAUGUGACUUGUUAAGCACAUUUUUACUCCAGAACUUAUUUAGGCUUGCCAUAACAAAGGGGUUGAAUACUUAUUGACUCAAUGCAUUUCAUCUUUUCAUUUUUUUAUUAAUUUGUAAAAAUGUCAAGAAACAUAAUUCCACUUUGACAUUACAGGGUAUUCUGUGUUGGCCAGUGACAUGAAAUCUCAAUUUAAUACAUUUUAAAUUCAGGCUGUAACACAACAAAAUGUGGAAAAAGUCAAAGGGUGCGAAUACUUUCUGAAGGCACUGUAUGUGGCUUUGGAUAAAAGCAUCUGCUAAAUGGCAUAUUAUAUAUUACAUAUUAUAGUGAAAAGGCAAUUUGAAGGAAGGAUGCCUGUGAGUGACAAUCCUCAUUUCCAUCCGUUACGUUGAGGUGAAUUGAGUGACCCACAUCCACCUAGCAGCAGGCCAGAGCAAAUUGCUAGCCAAUCAGUGCAAUCCUUGAGUGACCUCACCUGUGUGUGUUUGUGCGUGUCUCUCUGUGUGUGUUUGUGUGUGUGUGCGUGUCUUUUUCCUGCAGACGGAUCAGCAGGGUAAUCCUGUUAGCAUGAAUGUCCCUCAUGUCCAGCUGAUCAACCCAGAGAACCAGAUCGUUGAGGUUAGUCAGUCCACUCACAUCCAUUACACAAUCCUUCAAUGCAGCUGCUCUAGUGACACUGACAUGGUGGCCUGUUUUCAAUUAUCACUUUAAGCUUAGCCUCCUAGCACACUUUAUGGUCCAAUGCAGCCGUUCUGGGUAACAUUUAAGUACCUUACUGUGAUUGUUUUCAAUUAAAAUUGGAAAAAAAUAAUAAUAAUUGCUUCUUAGCAAAGAGAAAUUUCUCAAGCAAGAAUUUUGCUUGGACUGUGGUCUGAUUGGGGAGGGGAAAACUAAAAACUAGCUAUAAACAGAGAGGUUUGGAACUCUCUUUCUGAUUGGUCUAUUAACUAAUUUACCAGACAGGCCAGCACUCUAGCCCACCAAAACAUGCUGAAAUUUCAGGCUUUCUUUUCAAACAGCUCUUACACUAAAAGGGCAUUAUCAUAAUUUUCACAGUAUUAUUCCAAUCUCAUAGUGUGGAAAUAUGUAAAACUGCACUGGGCCUUUUAAGCAGGAAUUUAGGAACUUUGUAUCUAGGCCGCACAGUAAUUGUGUUGUUUUGUGGGAUCCUACAGUAAUAUUACCCUGUGAUUCAUAUACAGUACCAGUCAAAAGUUUAGACACACCUACUCAUUCCAGGGUUUUUCUUAAUUAUUUACUAUUUUCUACAUUGUAGAAUAAUAGUGAAGACAUUAAAACUAUCAAAUAGUUAAACAAAUCAAAAUAUAUUUUAUAUUUGAGAUUCUUCAAAUGAGCCACCCUUUGCUUUGAUGACAGCUUUGCACACUCUUGGCAUUCUCUCAACCUGCUUCAUGAAGUAGUCACCUGGAAUGCAUUUCAAUUAACAGGUGUGCGUUGUUAAAAGUUAAUUUGUGGAAUUUCUUUCCUUCGUAAUGCGUUUGAGCCAAUCAGUUGUGUUGUGACACGGUAGGGGUGGUAUACUGAAGAUAGCCCUAUUUGAUAAAAGACCAAGUCCAUAUUAUGGCAAGAACAGCUCAAAUAAGCAAAGAGAAACGACAGUCGAUCAUUACUUUAAGACAUGAAGGUCAGUCAAUCCGGAAAAUUUCAAGAACUUUGAAUGUUUCUUCAAGUACAGUCGCAUAAACCAUCAAGUGCUAUGAUGAAACUGGCUCUCAUGAGGACCGCCACAGAAAAGAAAGACCCGGAGUUACCUCUGCUGCAGAGGAUAAGUAGAGUUAGAGUUAACUGCACCUCAGAUUGCUGCCCAAAUAAAUGCUUCACAGAAUUCAAGUAACAGACACAUCUCAACAUCAACUGUUCAGAGAAGACUGCGUGAAUCAGGCCUUCAUGGUCGAAUUUCUGCAAAGAAACCAAUAAGAACAAGAGACUUGCUUGGGCCAAGAAACAUGAGCAAUGGACAUUAUACCAGUGGAAAUCUGUCCUUUGGUCUGGAGUCCAAAUUGGACAUUUUUGGUUCCAACCGCCGUGUCUUUGUGAGACGCAGUGUGGGUGAACGGAUGAUCUCCGCAUGGAGGAGGAGGUGUGAUGGUGUGGGGGUGCUUUGCUGGUGACACUCUGUGAUUUGUUUAGAAUUCAAGGCACACUUGACCAGCAUGGCUACCACAGCAUUCUGCAGCGAUACGCCAUCCCAUCUGGUUUGCGCUUAGUGGGACUAUCAUUUGUUUUUCAACAGGACAAAGACCCAAAACACACCUCCAGGCUGUGUAAGGGCUAUUUGACCAAGAAGGAGAAUGAUGGAGUGCUACAUCAGAUGACCUGGCAUCCACAAUCACCCGACCUCAACCCAAUUGAGAUGGUUUGGGAUGAGUUGGACCGCAGAGUGAAGGAAAAGCAGCCAACAAGUGCUCAGCAUAUGUGGGAACUCCUUCAAGACUGUUGGAAAAGUAUUCCUCAUGAAGCUGGUUGAGAGAAUGCCAAGAGUGUGCAAAGCCGUCAUCAAGGCAAAGGGUGGCUUCUUUGAAGAAUUUAAAAUAUAUUUUUGAUUUGUUUAACACUUUUUUGCUUACUACAUGAUUCCAUAUGUGUUAUUUCAUAGUUUUGAUGUCUUCACUAUUAUUCUACAAUAUGGAAAAUAGUAAAAAUAAAGCAAAACCCUUGAAUGAGUAGGUGUGUCCAAACUUUUGACUGGGACUGUAUAUCGAACUCUGAAUUGCUCAGAUACACAUACCACAUACACAAAUGCAGAAACAAAUUGUUACACAUACAGAUAUUAUUUGUCUUUUGUGUAGCCGGAUGGAAACAUGGCCCUGGACAGUGAUGACGCGGAGGAGCCGUCUCCAGAGGCCAUGGCUCGAUACCUGUCCAUGAGGCGUCACACUGUGGGCGUCCCAGACCCCAGGUACUGUAUACACCUUGUCUCUCCCGCCUGUCUGUCUGUCUGUCUCUGGCUGUUUGGUUGGCUGGCUGUCUGGCUAUCUAGCUGGUUGUCUUUCUGUCUGUGUGGGUGUGUACGUGUGUGCUUGCAUCUCCUUACUGACUGUGUUCUUCUCUAUCAGGACGGAGAUGCAGGAGGAUCUGCAGAAGCUGCCCCCUGGGUUCACCCGUGUGGCCCCCCAGCCCCCCUUCCCCAUGCCCCCUACCAUGGGCCACAUACACACACUGAUGCCCACCCAGAACCCACACCUGCAGCCCACACAGCAGCUGGAAUACAAGGUGAGGGAUCGAAAGGCAUGUGUGUUUCUUUUUGUGUAUGUAUGUAUGUGUGGUAUGACAGAGUAUAGUUACAAAGUCCAUGUAUAUUUAUAUAUGUGUGGGCCACACUGAUGCCCCUCCCUCUCUCUGUCCCUCCAGGAGCAGUCCCUGCUGCAGCCCCCCACCCUGCAGCUGCUGAAUGGCAUGGGACCCCUGGGUCGCAGGGCCUCGGACGGCGGGGCCAACAUCCAGCUGCACGCCCAGCUACUGAAGAGGCCACGGGGACAGUCCCCUCUGGUCGCCAACCCUGUGAGUCCCAUUAUUUCAAAUGCUUGGGAGUAUUUAUUUGUAUUUGAGUAUUUUUUAAAUACAUGCCAGUACUUUUCUAGUGCAUUUCCAAAUGCAUUCCAAUAUUCAACUACUUGUGUUUUCCCAAAUGUCUUUGAAAGUAAUUGAAAUACCCUAAAUAGUAUUUGAAUGGAGGUCUGUUAAGAGCAUAGUUUUUGUCUAGUCCAGUCUGCUAUGUCCCUGCUCUGUCUACUGAGGUGACAGUUUGUUUUAUACACCCCCCACCUGUUUUCAGAGUGUCACUGUCCAACAUUGUUUUUCCUCAUCAUGUUCUCUCCAUCUCCUCCUCCCGUUCUCUCCCUCCUUCUCGCAGCACCCCAUCCCGGCUGUGGCUCCGGUGGAUGAGGAGGGUUCUGACGGGGAACCCGACCAGGAGGCGGUGCAGAGGUAAACCUGGGAGGGUGACAGGGACAGGGGGGUUUUGGGGCGUGACCGUAGAAGCGCUGGUGUUCCUGGGUUACUGGGAGUCGAGGUGCAAGUAGGCUGCAGCACUGCUUUCUGCCACCGGUGGACCUGGCCACUAUUGUUCCGGUGCCUUCUUACCCCCCCUCUCCAUCACGCAACUGGCUUUCAUAAGGCAAUCAAUCAACUCUUCUCCAACUUCUACCAAAUCUACCUCUCUAAAUCUCCUCUUAAAAUAUGUCUAUCUCUCAUUUCAAAUUAUGCCGCCCAAUUAUUUUGCCACGGCUUCGCUUACACUAAGCUUGCUCAAACAAUCCAAUCCUCAAAUUGGAACGGGGGGUUGUGGGAGUUAUCUGAUAUGUGAUUCGUCCUGCCUGAAGGAAGGGGGAGGGUGGUUUUGCCCCUCCCCCACGCAAGGGCCAAUGAGGACAGAGAGCUGACCAGUGCUGCUUCCUGUCUCCCUCCCCGCGGCCCAGGUACUUGGCGAACCGCUCCAAGCGGCACACGACGCACGCGCUCAUGAGCACAGCGCACGGCGGUGAGCCGCUGGCAGACUCGCAGAGGCCCCAGGGCUCCCGGCAGAGGGGGUGGGCCCCGGAGCAGCACUGCCGGUGAGGGGCCCCACACUGAGGCUGACAGACACCCCAGGCCAGGGGGGGCAUGCAUGGGCCCCAACACACAGCAACGAGGGACCAGGGACAGUAACUAGAGAUAGGGACACAAUCACUAAGGCGCACAGACACACAUACACCCCCUUCACUGAGCCGAAAGUCCACACUGGGGGGGGGGGGGGGGUAUGCAUGGCCCCAGCAUUCAGCGAGGCAGGGUAGGGGUACGGGAACUUUAGAGACAUUCACCGAGACACAUAUUCUCACUCUAUAAUGAGCUGAAAGUCCACACCAGGGGGGCAUGCAUGGGCGCCAGCCAGCACACAGGAGCAGGGACCUGGACAACAGUGCACCAUGCAGGUUACACUAUCACAGUCACCAGCUUGAAGCAUGCAAUAUGAGGACUUCUAGUGAACCAGGGGUAUGCUAGGUAACAGAACUGUUAUCAGAGCCUUGCUCCGAGUUCUCCUCCUGAGCUGCAGGUCAGCCAUUGGACAGUCGGUUGUGGAGAAGCUGCCAUCUCAUUGGAUGAGGUCUGUCUGGCCAGGACGGGCCCUAUGUAUCAAGCAUCUCAGACUAGGAGUGCUGAUCUAGAAUCAGAUCCCCCCAUCUCUUCUCCAUCUAUUAUUCAUUAUGAUCUAAACGGCAAAACUGAUUCUAGAUCAGCACUCCUACUCUGAGAUGCUUGAUACAUACGGCCGGCCGUUGAUCUUCUGAUAUUGAUUGAACACGUUCAACUCUGUUUAGGAGAAACAUCGUUAUUAUCCCAAACUGUUCAUUCUACAGCCAGUUUAAGUUAGCCUAAGCUAUUCUCUGAUUUCUCUAGCUAGCUAUUCUCGAUGACCGCAAAUGAAGGACGCUUAGAUGUUACAGCCAGGUAUGGGAUUCUCCAAAUGAGCCUGUCGAUCAGGUCUUGGUUUGGACUUGGUAUGAUGAGACACGGAUGCAGUCCUGCUGUGUGUUGCUGUGGAUCCGGUGUUCACGGCUCUAUGAUCAGCUCUGUGUUUACAGUGACAUUAUGAUGCAGAGAGACCAGAGUAGCUCAUGUAAAUGUGUUUUUUCAUUUUUCUAUCUGUGUAUGACUGUGUCUGUGUGCGACUUCACCUGUGUAUGCAUUUCUGCGACUUCAUUUCUGUAUCCGUUCCUGUCUAUGUCUGGCUCCUGUCUAUGUCUGGCUCCUGUCUAUGUCUGGCUCCUGUCUAUGCAUCUGGAUCUGUGUGUCUGUGUGUGUGCGGCUCUGUGCGUCUCCCCAGGUCCAGCUACAAGGACUGUAACACCCUGCACUUGCCCAUGGAGCGUUUCUCCCCCGUGAGGCGCUUCUCCGAUGGAGCCACCACCAUCCAGGCCUUUAAGGCCCACCUGGAAAACAGCAGCCUCAUCAGGCAGCUCAAACAGGUACUGUACACCCCCACCUGGUUCAAUACACCCCCACCUGGUUCUGUACACCCCCACCUGGUUCUGUCUUCCCGAGUGGCGCAGUGGUCUAAGGCACUGCAUCACAGUGCUAGCUGUGCCACUAGAGAUCCUGGUUCGAAUCCAGGCUCUGUCGUAGCCGCCGCGACCGGGAGACCCAUGGGCGGUGCGCAAUUGGCCCAGCAUCGUCCAGGGUAGGGAGGGAAUGGCCGGCAGGGAUGUAGCUCAGUUGAUAGAGCAUGGCGUUUGCAACGCCAGGGUUGUGGGUUCGAUUCCCACAGGGGGUAUGAAAAAAAUAAUGUAUGCACUAACUGUAAGUCGCUCUGGAUAAGAGCGUCUGCUAAAUGACUAAAAUGUAAAUGUAAUGUAAAUGUUCUAUACACCCCCCCACCGGGUUUUAUACACCCCCACCUGGUGUUGUAAACCCACACCUAGGGCUGUUACGGUGACCGUAUGUAUUACAGCAGUCAAAUUCCACAUGACCAUUUAGUCAAGGUAACUAGGCUUCUCCAAAAUUGCACUCUGAUGCUGCUGAUGGUCAUUAGCCUACCAAGCUUGCUUAACUGCCAGUCGCUAAUGGUCUGGUACUCAGCGCUCUGUUGUCCCUCUAAUCACUCUGACAUCAAUGCAAAUGCUGUCGAAAAUAAAAUCAAACAGCCCGUGAGCUCAUGUUGCACAACAUUUCUAUAGGCUAUGCAACUGUAUUUUGAAAUAUUGCGAUAUGCUUGGCUUGGCCUCUCUACUUUUUGCAACUCAACAAUAAUCCUUCCGUCUGUAGGCAAUACGAUUUUAAACAAUUCACUUUUUUUUUUAAAGAAGCUAAUUAUCCUCUGUGGCCAAAUCAUGCUUUAGGAGCCUACUUUGAAUUAUUUUGUUUAUUUCUGUAUAGACAGGAGGAGGCUAAUUUGGCUAUAUAAUUUUGGCAAUUUAAUUCAAUUUACUUUAGGGAAAGCUUAGCUUCCCUUAGUCUUAUGGACGCGCCGCCUAUGCUUUCAUAUUAAAAACGUAACCGCACGUAACCUCCAUUCGCUAUUCGAGUGCAGGCUAUGGAUGACAUGUUUUCUUUUUGUGGGCAAUUCUAAAUCAAAAAUAAUUCCACACACUCGCUGGCACGGAAAUAGGCAUGAAUGAUCAGUUCCCGAAGAAAGCCGCAAUGUUCUGUACACACUAUUCAAGGAGAAUAGAUUAAAAGGGAAACGUGUAGCUCUCGUAGUCGAUAAACUGUAUAUUGAUAACCAAAUGUUCCGAGAUACCAAGACCACUCCAUGGCUAUUCUAAAUAUUACGAAGUUCCCAUAGAGGAGUGGAAUAAUGGAACACCCAAUACUAUCCAUGGUAGGGAUUGUAAUAAGAAAAUAUACAGGGAAACAAUCAAAUACAACAAUUGAUAAAGAAAUAAACUACAACUACACUAUAUCAUUCAAGAUGGUAGGGAAUGUUGUAAAAUAAUUAUUAUUCGACUUUCUAUUUAUAGUAUUUUAUAAAUAGAAAAGACAGCAUUAGAAGAAAGGAUAAUUAGCUAAAUAAUACAUCUUCAAAUAUAACGAACUGGAACACAAAAGUACUCAGAAUCAACAUGGUAGGGAUAAAAACACAGCAAACAGAGGACAUACAGUGACAGGCGAAAGUAUUCACCCCCCUUCGCAUUUUCCCUAUUUUGUUGCCUUACAACCUGGAAUUAAAAUGGAUUUUUGGGGGGUUUGUAUCAUUUGAUUUACACAACAUGCCUACCACUUUGAAGAUGCAAAAUAUUUUUUCUUGUGAAACAAACAAAAAAUAAGACAAAAAUACAGAACUUGAGCAUGCAUAACUAUUCAUCCCCCAAAAGUCAAUACUUUGUAGAGCCACCUUUUGCAGCAAUUACAGCUGCAAGUCUCUUGGGGUAUGUCUCUAUAAGCUUGGCACAUCUAGCCAGUGGGAUUUUUGCCCAUUCUUCAAGGCAAAACUGCUCCAGCUCCUUCAAGUUGGAUGGGUUCCGGUGGUAUACAGCAAUUUUUAAGUAAUACCACAGAUUCUCAAUUGGAUUGAGGUCUGGGCUUUGACUAGUCCAUUCCAAUACAUUUAAAUGUUUCCCCUUAAACCACUCAAGAGUUGCUUUAGCUGUAUGCUUAGGGUCAUUGUCCUGCUGGAAGGUGAACCUCCGUCCCAGUCUCAAAUCUUUGGAAGACUGAAACAGGUUUACCUCAAGAAUUUCCCUGUAUUUAGCACCAUCCAUCAUUCCUUCAAUUCUGACCAGUUUCCCAGUCCCUGCCGAUGAAAAACAUCCCCACAGCAUGAUGCUGCCACCACCAUGCUUCUCUGUGGGGAUGGUGUUCUCGGGGUGAUGAGAGGUGUUUUGGUUUGCGCCAGACAUAGUGUUUUCCUUGAUGGCCAAAAAGCUCAAUUUUUGUCUCAUCUUACCAGAGUACAGUCUCCCACAUGCCUUUUUGGCGAACACCAAACGUGUUUGCUUAUUUUUUUCUUUAAGCAAUGGCUUUUUUCUGGCCACUCUUCCAUAAAGCCCAGCUCUGUGAAGUGUACGGUUUAAAGUGGUCCUAUGGACAGAUACUCCAAUCUCCGCUGUGGAGCUUUUCAGCUCCUUCAGGGUUAUCUUUGGUGUCAGAUUAAUGCCCUCCUUGCCUGGUCCGUGAGUUUUGGUGGGCGGCCCUCUCUUGGCACGUUUGUUGUGGUGCCAUAUUCUUUCAAUUUUUUAAUAAUGGAUUUAAUGGUGCUCCGUGGGAUGUUCAAAGUUUCGGAUAUUUUUUUAUAACCCAACCCUGAUCUGUACUUCUCCACAACUUUGUCCCUGACCUGUUUGGAGAGCUCCUUGGUCUUCAUGGUGCCGCUUGUUUGGUGGUGCCCCUUGCUUAGUGGUGUUGCAGACUCUGGGGCCUUUCAGAACAGGUGUAUAUAUACUGAGAUCAUGUGACAGAUCAUGUGACACUUAGAUUGCACACAGGUGGACUUUAUUUAACUAAUUAUGUGACUUCUGGAGGUAAUUGGUUGCACCAGAUCUUACUUAGGGGCUUCAUAGCAAAGGGGGUGAAUACAUAUGCACGCACCACUUUUCCGUUAUUUAUUUUUUAGAAUUUUUUGAAACAAGUAUGCACAGUAUGUGGGUAUGUAUGGGUGUAUUGUGAUGGUGGGGGGGGGUUGUGUUUGGAAAAGUGUGUUAAGUGAGUGUAAAGUUAAGUGAGUGAAAAAGGCAAAUGGUUGCAAAUCCCAGAGCCCAUGUGUGUCUGCGAGCAGGGGUUGUGAGAGCGAGCUUUCAGUCUUGUGCAGAUAUGGGAUAUACAUUAAAAAUAUAUAUAUAAAUAUAUGUCCUAUCAUGAUGGGACGGUCCCCAACCCUAUACUCUAGACACCCACUUGAGCGACCCAUACACUAAGGAGAAGUCUUUAUCUGUAUCUAGCCCUACACUCAGCCAAAACAGAAAGAUAAAUUCGGUCAGAGACCCACUAAAGCAGCACCGCCCCCUCAAGAUUCUGAGCCUGCCUGGCAGGGUCGGUCCUACAAAGCCAAAGCUCCCUGAUGGGUGAGCAUAAUAUACAAAGAAUUUCUCCAUCAGCUAGGAUUUGACAUUGGUUAAUCAAAUCUCCCCAUUUUUGCAUGCCGUCUCAAACAGCUGCAACUGUAUAUGCAUUCGCACAUCAAGUCCUUUCUUGAGUUGGGCUCGAGGAUGGAACAACUGUUGAGCAUCUGAGCUUGUGGUUGUUUGUGGGGGAAAGGGGUUGAGUGUGUAUGAGUAUGUAUCCCACAUCUGUUGCUAUGGGGUAAUGAUGUUAGUGACAAUAUAGCAUGAAUCACAAUUAGGGUGGUGGCGGUCACAAAAUGUUGUCAGCCGGUGAUUGUCAAGCAAAUAACUGUCGGUCUCACGGUAAUUGACCGUUAAUUAACAUAAACACAUUUAGUAUCUCCUGGCUUCCACAAAGCAUACAAGCCAUUAAAAAAAGUAUAAUAAAUACAUGUAAUAUAGCCUACACCUUCACGAAUAAAUCCAUUACUUAUUUUAGACAGGUCUAAAGAAGCAUGAUAUGAAGAAAAUGUAGUCUAUUUCAGAAGAAAAUAAUAGUAUACUCUUGAGUUGUCCUUAUGUUAUGUCCUGAUGUGGCUAUGCCAAAUGGCUGUGGGCUACACUAGUUCAUUUUGCAGACAAGAUUUGCUUAGAAUUCUGUGGCAUUAUUUUAUAUUAUUUUAUAGUAUGAAGAAUACAAUUGAACAAAGCUGAAUAAAAUAUAAAUAUUUUCUCCAAACAAUUUGAAGGAGUUGGCAAAUGCGGCUAUUCUGUGUUGAGCGUUUAACAAAGAAAUAGGUACUCCUAUAUGCUUAAUUUAGAGUUAUUAAUGUAACUUUAGUUCUACAAACGUUGGGCUAUAUGUUUAGAUUUUUAAUACAUUGUAAGGCUGCAUGAUGAGACUAAUGAUGAUUUGAAAAAAGUUGCUUGAAAGGCAUGAGCUCUGCUUUGUUUUUUUGCGCAGGCUGUACACACUCCAAUAGUCUCUCAUUCACAAUUUGACAAGCACUUGAUACUGCCUCAAAAUUCACGGCGGCAUCCCCUUUGUGGCCAUAGUGCACCCUAAAAAAAUCCAUGCCUUUUGCAGCCCGUAGUGCUGCGUUGUGCCCUUCUCCAUGAGUGUGCUGCGCAAUCCGAAGCGCCUCUCACUCACAUGGCUCUCUGUCACGUGAUCAGGUCUUUCUCACAGACUACAAGUGAAGACAGACACAUCGGGGACGCAACUGCACUCGUCCUAAUCCAAUUCCGAGGUGCAUAUUGAAGAUAUUGGAAGAACUGUCCACAUUUACUUUUUGUCAGCCAACAAGAUGAGUAGGCCUAACGAACAGCAAAAGCACUAGCCUAUGUCAAUCUACUAUCCCCCAUAGUACAAAAGUUGAUCUGUUCUGUGCGAGAAAUAAAUAUUCCAAACAUAGUCUGGACAGUUGUGGGAUGCGAUAAAUCCCAAAUUAAUACAACCACUAGCAUCCCAAAACUUUUUUUUAUGAAAUGUGGCUGACUCAACAGAUCAGAAUGUUUAGCUUAAAAUGUUGAUAAACUAUUAGGCUAUUUUUUCACAUUAUGUGCAGCAAUGUGCACAUGGUAGUAGGCUAUAAGCGCGAAUGUUCCAUUAGAUGAAAACACCAUUAGCAAAAGUGACCGCAAAUGCAAUUAUGCAUGUAAUGCUUUUAUUAUAAAAGUGCAUUUGUAUGGUGAAAAUGAUCUUCCCCAAACUUGAAACUCACACGCUGCUUAUAUAUGCCAGUUAGGCUCUACACCCGUUGUAAAGCGGAUUAAUGUGCUUAAUUUUAAUAAGUUAUUUAGGCCACUUUAGUUGUGAUACAAAUCUUAUUAAAACAUAUAGGCCUAUGGGCUAGGCUACAUGAGGUGUGCGACUAUGAUUAGAAAAAGUUGCAAAAAAAAGGCAUUGUUGCUUAUGCUGGGCAUCACUCACAAGUGAUAAUAUAUCAUUCACAAGUGAUAGGCUAAUAUUGUCACCCAUCAGACUAUUCUUGAUUUAAUCUUGUCUUUACAUAUACAAAAUAAUAUAUGUGUGACAUUUGUUUUGAUUUAGAAUGGACCAUUAUCAUGCACCUGUAUCAAAACAGGGGCAGCAGGAAAGAAUACAUGUAAUCUAUGCACUUAAAUAGCGAAUGGAGGACGCUUUUCCCGUGGUUCAUUUUCAUGGCAGCCAGGUAGGCUAUACUCGUGUUGUAAAUAUAAGCAAUGUGCUUAAUAUUAGGAAAGUUGAGAAAUAAAUAUAGUAGGCCUAGCCUAUAGAAAGCUGAUGGGAUCCUCCUCUUUCUAUUAGCAGCCAUCACUCAGUUUUUUCCCGCAAUUCCAUAGCCUAUAGAAAUGUUGCGCAACAUGAGCUCAUGGGUUCUCAUUAAGUGUUUGAUUCGAUUUUCGAAUACAUUUGCAUUGAUGUCAGAGUGAUUAGAGGGACAAUAGAGUGCUGAGUACCAGGCAGUUAGCAAGUUUGGUAGGUUACUAAUGACCAGCAGCAGCAUCAGAACUUGGAGAAGCAUAAUUACCGUGACUAAACGGUCAUGUGGAAUUUGACUGCCUUCAUGACUCGUGACCGCCGGUGUGGCGGUAAUACGGUCCCCGCAACAGCCCUAAUCACAAUAAUUGUUGGCUAAAAUAAUAAUUGUUUGGCACAAAUGUAAUUUUUGUAAUGGAAAUCCUGGUAAUAGGUAACAAUCCUUUGCAUGAACUGCCUACAUUAUUACGCAUAUUAUUCGUUAAUUGUGGAAAUUAAGAUAUGCAAGAUUUUUUUAUAUAUACUACCGGUCAAAAGUUUUAGAACACCUACUCAUUCAAGGGUUUUUCUUUAUUUUUACUAUUUUAUACAUUGCAGAAUAAUAGUGAAGACAUCAAAACUAUGAAAUAACACAUAUGGAAUCAUGUAGUAACCAAAAAAGUGUUAAACAAAUCCAAAUAUAUUUUAUAUUUGAGAUUCUUCAAAUAGCCACCCUUUGCCUUGAUGACAGCUUUGCACACUCUUGGCAUUCUCUCAACCAGCUUCACCUGGAAAGCUUUUCCAACAGUCUUGAAGGAGUUCCCACAUAUGCUGAGCACUUGUUGGCUGCUUUUCCUUCACUCUGCCUUCUGACUCAUCCCAAACCAUCUCAAUUGGGUUGAGGUCGGGGGAUUGUGGAGGCCAGGUCAUCUGAUGCAGCACUCCAUCACUCUCCUCCUUGGUAAAAUAACCCUUACACAGCCUGGAGGUGUGUUGGGUCAUUGUCCUGUUGAAAAACAAAUGAUAGUCCCACUAAGCCCAAUCUAGGUGGGAUGGCGUAUCACUGCAGAAUGCUGUGGUAGCCAUGCUGGUUAAGUGUGCCUUGAAUUCUAAACAAAUCACAGAUAGUGUCACAAGCAAAGCACCCCCACACCAUAACACCUCCUCCUCCAUGCUUUACAUGCAGAGUUCAUCCGUUCACCCACACCGCGUCUCACAAAGACAUGGCGGUUGGAACCAAAAAUCUCCAAUUUGGUUUCCAGACCAAAGGCCAGAUUACGACCGGUCUAAUGUCCAUUGCUCGUGUUUCUUGGCCCAAGCAGGUCUCUUCUUCUUAUUGGUGUCCUUUAGUAGUGGUUUCUUUGCAGCAAUUCGACCAUGAAGGCCUGAUUCACACAGUCUCCUCUAAACAGUUGAUGUAGAGAUGUGUCUGUGACUUGAACUCUGUGAAGCAUUUAUUUGGGCUGCAAUUUUUGAGGCUGGUAACUCUAAUGAACUUAUCCUCUGCAGCAGAGGUAACUCUGGGUCUUCCAUUCCUGCGGCGGUCCUCAUGAGAGCCAGUUUCAUCAUAGCGCUUGAUGGUUUUUGUGACUGCACAAAGUUCUUGAAAUGUUCCAUAUUGACUGUCCUUCAUGUCUUAAAGUAAUGAUGGACUGUUGUUUCUUUUUGCUUAUUUGAGCUGUUCUUGCCAUAAUAUGGUCUUUUACCAAAUAGGGAUAUCUUCUGUAUACCCCCCCUACCUUGUCACAACACAACUGAUUUGGCUCAAACGCAUUAAGAAGGAAAGACAUUCCACAAAUUAACUUUUAAGAAGGCACACCUGUUAAUUGAAAUGCAUUCCAGUUGACUACCUCAUGAAGCUAGUUGAGAGAAUGCCAAGAGUGUGCAAAGCUGUCAUCAAGGCAAAGGGUGGCUAUUUGAAGAAUCUCAAAUAUAAAAUAUAUUUGGAUUUGUUUAACACUUUUUUUUUGGGUGGGGGGGGGUCCAAUGCAAAUAGUCCAGGUAGCCAUUUAGUUAGCUGUUCAGCAGUCUUAUGGCUUGGGGGUAGAAGCUGUUACGAAGCCUUUUGGACCUAGACUUGGAUUGAUUUGAAUCUCUUUUAUCAUUGCAUUCUAUUAUCAUUGGGUAUUCUGAGUGAAAGUGACAGCAAAUAAUGCUAUUUAUUAUAUUUUGGGUUCCACUGUCUUUCUUUGUGUGGCCUCUAACGACAAUAUGUUUGUGUGUUUGUGCGCGUAUGUGUACCAGGAGUGUGAGCAGCUGCAGAAGAUGUACGCUUGCCCACAGGACGAGAGGCUGCUGGAGCACACACAACAACAACAUUUCCUGUACCAGCAGGAGCAGCAGAUUCUACACCAGCAGAUACAGGUCACUGUGACACACAUACACACGACACACACACACACGACACACAUUGCAUAGUUUGUAUCAGCGGGAGCAGCGUUUUCUACACUAGCAGAUGGAAGUCACUAUGACCCUAGCCAAGCCAUUUCUGUCCUCAUCUCUUCUCUCUCUGAAAGACACACUCUCACAGCAUGAAAUCCAGGUCCAUGUGACACAAACGCAGUAAACACAUGCCAUUAUGUGUUCCUAAAUAGUUAGUUCUUCCUUCUGCAGGCCCUGUCUUUGGGACACGGAGAGUGCCAGCCCAGUCAUCUUACCCACCAGCUCCAGAGGUGAGAACACCACAUACACAUGCACCCUGAGUUGUCAACAACGCUGAGCGAGAGACUAAUGAUAAUCAUUAGUGACACAUUUUUAUGUAUUUGUUUUUAGACACAUAGGUUCAGGGUAACACAUUCAAUGGCAAUAGUCUGCUAAACACAUGUAGCGCAGCUCAGAGAAGCUCCACCAACAAGCCAGGCUUUUGUGCCGCUAUAUUGAUUUGAGGGUUAUUUACAUCCCUGUCUGUUCUCUCCCUUCCCUCAGGUUGCGUAUCCAGCCCUCCAGCCCACCGCCUACACAUCCCAGCAACCACCUGUUCAGACAGCCCAAUCAGAGUCCCCCUCCAACAGCGAUGAUGCAGGGGCAUGGUGAGUUCUAACUCCACCCCUUAGCCUUAUUUGUCUUUUUAUUGGACUAAAGGACUGAAUGAUCAGUCAAUAUGACUAAAUUGUUAAUGAUCCCUUAUUAGGACUAAGUGAUGGUUGAAAUAACCAGUUUGUAGAUACAGUAGCUCUCUCCUGACUGACUGAUCUCUCCCUCCUCCCCCCAGGUGUGCCAUCAGCGGUUCAGUACCAGCACGGCCCCGCUCUCUACCAGCCCUCCAGCGGGAGUCCUCCCCCUUGUGGCCUCCGCCCCGUCACCCUGCCUCCCCAGCAGCAGCAGCCCUGCUCUUCCUCCCGUGGUGGGGGCGUCCCCAUGCCCCAGCAGCAGGUGACUAUCCAGGUGCAGGAGGUGGAGCUGGGAGGAGGCGGGGGCCUGCAGCGUCAGCAGCAGGCCUUCCUUUCCACGCCGUGCGGCCACCGGGUCCUGGGGAAGCAGCUGAGCGCAGACAACGCUGAGACCCACAGGUGACCCUCGCGCUGCCGCUCGCCCGUGCGCCAGACCCGGCAUGGCUGUUUCCCUUUGCACUUCACCAUAAGGAUACUCCUGCAGCAGUUUUUUCUGCCAUUACUUUUCUUCAACUUUUAUGUUCUUCAACUCUGUGUUUUGGACUUUCUCGCAUGUACUCACUCUGUGAAUUCUUCCAUAUUUAUUUUAGUUUUCAUCAUGUUCACAGUUAUUGUAGAUUUCAGUCUCUCAUACAUCAGUCAACCCUAGGAAGCCAUGUUCCUGAAUUCAAAAACUCACUCAUAGGACAGUUUUAUAAACGUGCUGCCCGUUAUGUGAAUCUUUUUGGGCUUGUAUUAUUUUGGGGGGGGUUAGAGCCAGCACGUGGUGCAUCCUAAAUGGCCCUGGUCAAAAGUACUCUAUAUAGCAGGGAUGUCAAACAUACGGAUCCGUGAGCCCGGUCAAUCCGGCCCUUUCGAAAACGAAAGCUAGACAGUCAGCGAUCAUAGAAAAUCCCAAAAGCGAUAGAUAGAGGGUUAUGUUACAUUUUGCAAAUUUUGACUGCGAGGAAAUAUAAUCAUUGUUAGGUGCGGCCCUCGGGACCUCGUUGAAGACUGAAUGCGACCGGCGGGGCACAUCUUUUGGACACCCCUGCUAUUUAGGGACACAUAGGGUCUUACACCUGAUAGGUUAGUGGAUUUCAGACAAAUUCUUGUGGGUUUUUACAUUGAGAAAUACAGUUGUUACUAAAGUGUUUUGAUAACCCAAAAAACCUACUUGGCUGAGGAAGAAGACAUCACGUCACCACUGAAUCCUCCGCUGAGAUUGGCUGACUAAAUGGACGUAGGUGGUGGGAUGACUGCUAGUGGUAGAAGUGUCACCCCACUGUAGGAACUAGGCAGAUCUACACUCAACAGUCUGUGUGUUGUAUUUCUAUGUUUAGUCUAGACCCAGUUCACUGAUGGGGUGAUAAGCUUGGCGGUUACCUCAUUAUUGGAUUUUCCUGUCAUUUCUUCUGGCAAAGCAACAGAAUUUGUGUGUAUUUGACUGCUUACACACCCCUCAGUGGACUUGUGACCUAUAAUCCGGAAGGGUUUCUGUGCUGAUGAUGACCCAUAAUUGGGGUUCAUAGUGUUGUAAUUAAAGGUGUAGAAGUACAUGUAGAAUUGUAUUGUCAUUGUAUCACGUAGACAUAUUUGUGUUUUGUGACAUUCUCCUCUCACCUCUCAUAAUGUUCAUAAAUAACUCAUUUCCGUUUUAUACUACUAAUAAUAAUAACUGUCCUUUUUUUCUUAUAUACUUCCUCAAUCCCAAAUACUUUAUCUCAAUGGUGUAUUUGUUUUUUUCCACUCAGAACUCUCAGUAUUUGCAAGAGUUUGUGUUGGAUGAUACACUUUGUUGCUAGUGGCAUUAGCUGACUAUUCCCCCUUUCUUCCCUGGUCCCUCCCUCCCCAGUCGCAGCCUCGGACGGUUCAACACAUACGACCAGGCCGCCUUCAACAACCCCCAUCUGUUCAGUGAGGGGUCUCGGCCCUCGGGAGUGGUGGGGGGCUACAACCCCUACCUCCAGGGGACCUCCCUCAAGGUGCCAGGGAUGGAGGGCUACCAGGGUGGGGUGGUCGGUGGGGCCGGAGGCGGGGGCUACGGGAGCCCCUCUGCCCUGCAGCAGGCUCUGCUCUCCCCCACCCCCCUGGAGUACCGGCCCCAGCAGCACGUCACCCCCACCCUACAGGGUCUCCUCUCCCCCCGCCACUCCCUGACAGGUCACGCCGACCCCCGUCUGCCCCCCCAGGACCUGGCCUCCCUGCUGAAGAGGCAGAGCCCUAGACCGGCACCCCCCACGCUCCCCAACGUGCCCCAGGACUACGGGGAGAUGCUGCUGCGCCAGCUCGGCCAAGGGGAGUCUCUGGAGGCGGGGAGCCCCUACCAACACCUCCUCCAGAUCAGGCCCCCAGAUGUCCAGCCCCCCAGCCUGUCCCACUCUGAGAGCAUGGAGGAGGAUGACCUGCCGCCUGGCUACCAUGAGGGCCUCCUGGCCAAGGCCCAAGGCUGUGGGGACGGCCAUGACCUGCUGGGCACCCCCCGGGGAGGGACGUCCCCCUACAACUCCCCAACACACAGACACGCCUACAUGAGGAGCACCACCACAGCCAGAGGUAAGGGCCAAGCAGACUCAACCAUAGAAAUAGAAUGACUAUAUAGAUUCUGUAGAUCCUAUUUCUAUGGUCUCAAACAGCUUUCAUAUCCCUGUAUGCUGAUAUUCACAUGCUUUUUACACGCUCUCUUGCUUCGGUCACACAAACUACAUUCUACAUUGUUAACUUAGCAACUUCAGUAAUCCCUCCCUCCUUCUCUCCCCCUUCCAGACAAUGAGCAUGUUGACUGCAGGACCCAGGGGCAGCAGGGUAUGGAGCAGGGCGUGCCUGACCGUAACGGAGUGGGUUACUCCACCAGGGGCCCCCAGGGGGACGGCUAUCGGCCCCGGGGCCAGCUACAGCGCCACCACACCAUCCAGACCUGUGACGACGCCUAUGUGAGUCUCUCAUGGUGCCAUAAUGUGCUCCGUUUGGGACAAUAGAUUUAGAAUCUACAGAAUCUCUCAGCCUCAUGUAGACCUCAAAGGAUUGGAUAGUUUCAUUGGAUAGGUCUUAGUUUACCUAGCACGAUGCACCGUGUUGCUCAUACCUAUCCUUUCAGAUCUAUAUGGCAUGCCUAGGGGUAGGGACUAGGGGUUGAUUUGGAAUUUAACAUUGUGUGUCUGUGUGCGGGCAUGCAUUUAUGUACUUAACGGGUCUUUCUGUACCUCCUCAGGACCAGGCCGAACCCAUGUCUGGGAUGAGCCUAUUGGCUGGCAAGGCUCUGAGCUCCGCCCGCAUGUCUGACAUCCUCAGCCAAUCAUCUCUGACAGGAAGCCAGCAGCUCCACCAGCGGGAAGAGUCAGGUCAGUGUCACGUGCACAUACACAUAUACAUACACACACACACACACUAAACGAGUUAAAGUGAGUGAAACAUGGCAGACUCAGUCGGGUCUAAGUAAAAAUAAUUUCUAUCACAUGACUAAUAUAGUAUAAUAAUAUGCCAUUUUAGCAGACACUUUUAUCCAAAGCAACUUACAGUAGUGCAUGCAUACAUUUUCUAUUGGUGGUCCCAAAGGGAAUUGAACCCAUAAUCCUAGCGUUAUAAAUACACUACCAGUCAAAAGUUUGGACACACCUACUCAUUCAAGGUUUUUUCUUAAUUUUUUCUAAUUUUUUUACAUUGUAGAAUAAUAGUGAAGACAUAAAAACUAUGAAAUAACACAUGGAAUCAUGUAGUAACCAAAAAAGUGUUAAACAAAUCAAAAUAUAUUUUAUAUUUGAGAUUCUUCAAAUAGCCACCCUUUGCCUUGAUCAAUCAAUCAAUCAAAAAAAAAUUAUAAAGCCCUUUUUACAUGCUAUACAGAAUCCCAGCCAAAAAACCCAAACAGCAAGCAAUGCAGAUGUAGAAGCACAGUGGCUAGGAAAAACUCCCUAGAAAGGCAGAAACCUAGAGAGGAACCAGGCUCUGAGGGGUGGCCAGUCCCCUUCUGGCUGUGCUGGGUGGAGAUUAUAACAGUACAUGGCCAUUAAGGCCAGAUUUUUCUCCAAGAUGUUCAAACGUUCAUAGAUGACCAGCAGGGUCAAAUAAUAAUCACAGUGGUUGUAGAGGUUUGCAACAGGUCAGUACAUCAGGAGUAAAUGUCACUUGGCUUUUCAUAGCCUGGCAUUUAGAGGUUGAAAUAGUAGGUGCGGUAUAGAGAGAUAGUUGAAAACAGCAGGUCUGGGACAAGGUAGCAUGUCCGGUGAACAGGUCAGGGUUCCAUAGUCGCAGGCAGAAGAGUUGAAACUGGAGCAGCAGCACGACCAGGUGGACUGGGGACAGCAAGGAGGCAUUAGGCCAGGUAGUCCUGAGAUAUGGUCCUAGGGCUCAGGUCCUCCAGGAUGGGAGGGAGAGAUGACAGCUUUGCACACUCUUGGCAUUCUCUCAACCAGCUUCAUGAGGUAGUCACCUGGAAUGCAUUUCAAUUAACAGGUGUGCCUUCUUAAAUAUUAAUUUGUGGAAUUUCUUUCCUUCUUAAUGCGUUUGAGCCAAUCAGUUGUGUUGUGACAAGGUAGGGGGAGUAUACAGAAGAUAGCCCUAUUUGGUAAAAUACCAUGUCCAUAUUAUGGCAAGAACAGCUCAAAUAAGCAAAGAGAAACGACAGUCCAUCAUUACUUUUUAAGACAUGAAGUUCAGUGAAUAUGGAAAAUGUCAAGAACUUUGAAAGUUUCUUCAAGUGCAGUCGCAAAAACCAUCAAGCGCUAUGAUUAAACUGGCUCUCAUGAGGACCGCCACAGGAAUGGAAGACCCAGACCAGCCUUAGAAAUUGCAGCCCAAAUAAAUGCUUCACAGAGUUCAAGUCACAGACACAUCUCAACAUCAACUGUUCAGAGGGGACUGUGUGAAUCAGGCCUUCAUGGUCGAAUUGCUGCAAAGAAAAUACUACUAAAGGACACCAAUAAGAAAAAGAGACCUGCUUCGGCCAAGAAACAAGAGCAAUGGACAUUAGACCGGUGGAAAUUUGUCCUUUGGUCUGGAGUCCAAAUUUGAUAUUUUUAGUUCCAACCGCUGUGUCUUUGUGAGACGUGGUGUGGGUGAACGGAUGAUCUCCGCAUGUGUAGUUCCCACAGUAAAGCAUGGAGGAGGAGGUGUUAUGGUGUGGGGGUGCUUUGGUGUGGGGGUGCUUUGCUGGUGACACUGUCUGUGAUUUAUUUAGAAUUGAAGGCACACUUAACCAGCAUGGCUACCACAGCAUUCUGCAGUGAUACGCCACGCCAUCCCAUCUGGUUUGGGCUUAGUGGGAAUAUCAUUUGUUUUUCAACAGGACAAUGACCCAACACACCUCCAGGCUGUGUAAGGGCUAUUUUAUCAAGAAGCAGAGUGAUGGAGUGCUGCAUCAGAUGACCUGGCCUCCACAAUCCCCCGAACUCAACCAAAUUGAGUCGGACAGCAGAGUGAAGGAAAAGCAGCCAACAAGUGCUCAGCAUAUGUGGGAACUCCUUCAAGACUGUUGGAAAGCAUUCCAGGUGAAGCUGGUUGAGAGAUUGCCAAGAGUGUGCAAAGCUGUCAUCAAGGCAAAGGGUGGCUAUUUGAAGAUUCUCAAAUAUAAAAGAUAUUUUGAUUUUUGGUUACUACAUGAUUCCAUAUGUGUUAUUUCAUAGUUUUGAUGUCUUCACUAUUAUUCUACAAUGUAGAAAAUAGUACAAAUAAAGAAAAACCCUUGAAUGAGUAGGAGUGUCCAAACUUUUGACUGGUACUGUAUAUAAACUCAGCAAAAAAAGAAACGUCCUCUGACUGUCAACUGCGUUUAUUUUGAGCAAACUUAACGUGUAAAUAUUUGUAUUAAAAUAACAUGAUUCAACAACUGAGACAUAAACUGAACAAGUUUAUUUUAUUAUUCCGAAAUGGAAUAAUGUGUCCCUGAACAAAGGGGGGGUCAAAAUCAAAAGCAACAGUCAGUAUCUGGUGUGGCCACCAGCUGCAUUAAGUACUGCAGUGCAUCUCCUCCUCAUGGACUGCACCAUCUUUGCCAGUUCUUGCUGUGAGAUGUUACCCCACUCUUCCACCAAGGCACCUGCAAGUUCCCGGACAUUUCUGGGGGGAAUGGCCCUAGCCCUCACCCUCUGAUCCAACAGGUCCCAGACGUGCUCAAUGGGAUUGAGAUCCGGGCUCUUUGCUGGCCAUGGCAGAACACUGAUAUUCCUGUCUUGCAGGAAAUCACACACAGAACGAGCAGUAUGGCUGGUGGCAUUGUCAUGUAGGAGGGUCAUGUCAGGAUGAGCCUGCAGGAAGGGUACCACAUUAGGGAGGAGGAUGUCUUCCCUGUAACGCACAGCGUUGAGAUUGCCUGCAAUGACAACAAGCUCAGUCCGAUGAUGCUGUGACACACUGCCCCAGACCAUGACGGACCUUCCACCUCCAAAUUGAUCCCGCUCCAGAGUACAGGCCUCGGUGUACCGCUCAUUCCUUCAACGAUAAAUGCGAAUCCGACCAUCACCCCUGGUGAGACAAAACCGCGACUCGUCAGUGAAGAGCACUUUUUGCCUGUCCUGUCUGGUCCAGUGACGGUGGGUUUGUGCCCAUAGGUGACGUUGUUGCCGGUGAUGUCUGGUGAGGACCUGCCUUACAAUAGGCCUACAAGCCCUCAGUCCAGCCUCUCUCAGCCUAUUGCGGACAGUCUGAGCACUGAUGGAGGGAUUGUGCGUUCCUGGUGUAACUCUGGCAGUUGUUGCCAUCCUGUACCUGUCCUGCAGGUGUGAUGUUCGGAUGUACUGAUCCUGUGCAGGUGUUGUUACACGUGGUCUGCCACUGCGAGGACGAUCAGCUGUCCGUCCUGUCUCCCUGUAGCGGUGUCUUAGGCGUCUCACAGUACCGGACAUUGCAAUUUAUUGCACUGGCCACAUCUGCAGUCCUCAUGCCUCCUUGCAGCAUGCCUAAGGCACAUUCACGCAGAUGAGCAGGGAUCCUGGGCAUCUUUCUUUUGGUGUUUUUCAGAGUCAGUAGAAAGGCCUCUUUUAGUGUCCUAAGUUUUCAUAACUGUGAACUUAAUUGCCUACCCUCUGUAAGCUGGUAGUGUCUUAACGACCGUUCCACAGGUGCAUGUUCAUAAAUUGUUUAUGGUUCAUUGAACAAGCAUGGGAAACAGUGUUUAAACCCUUUACAAUGAAGAUCUGUGAAGUUAUUUGGAUUUUUACGAAUUAUCUUUGAAAGACAGGGUCCUGAAAAAGGGACGUUUCUUUUUUUGCCAAGUUUAUUUUAUUGUGAAAUACACCGGAUAGGUGCAGUGAAAUGUAUUGUUUUACAGGGUCAGCCAUAGUAGUACGGCGCCCCUGGAGCAAAUUAGGGUUAAGUGCCUUGCUUAAGGGCACAUCGACAGAUUUUGGCCUUGACGGCUCAGGUAUUCGAACCAGCGACCUUUCGGUUACUGGCCCAACGCCCUAACCGCUAGGCUACCUGCCGCCCAACUGAGCCACCGAGGAUCAUACACAUGCAUUCACAAUACACACCAAAUACCAAUACCUGCAUUGAAUAUGGAGGAGUUCUUCAUACUGAAAGGCUGUGUAUCUGUGUGUUUUCUCCUGGCAGUGUGUGACGUGGAGGGAGAGCUCCACGCUGCAGUCUGCUACCCGUCAUCCUGCACCAGCA